AUGGCUUUCAAUCGCAUCGCUAUUUACGGGCAUCGGGGCUGGGCUAGCUCCGCAAUUGUCGAAGCCCUCAGCUUGUCGGGGGCUCCUAUCACGGUCUUAUACCGCCCAGGCUCUGAUACAUCAGCCCUUCCAAGUCAUGUCACCGCCGUUCAAGUCGAUGUAGCAGAUCAGGAAGCCCUAGUUAAUGCUCUCCAGGAAAUUGACAUUGUCAUAUCCCUCGUUGGCCACGAAGGCGUAUUAAGACAAUAUCAACUCGUCACUGCCAUUGCCAAAACGAAGGUGCAACUAUUUGUCCCAUCAGACUUAGCUGCGCGAUAUGAUGAACAGGGCAUGCGCAUCCCAGUUAACCAAUCAAAGGGACUAGUGGAAACCGCAGCACGAGAUGCGGGCAUUCCAACAGCAGUGGUUCUGACGGGAAACUUCGCGGAGUUCGCACUAGCUACACCAGCUAUGGGCGUGGACUACAUCAACAACAGGAUUAUCUUCACCGGCGACAGUGCUACCCAGCCCAUCAAUCUUUGUACACGGGCCUAUGUUGCAGCAGCGUAUGUAUCUAUAUUCGCCUUUACUCCGAUCGAUAAACUCAAAAAUCGGACAUUGGCGCUUUCUGAACUGAGGCCAACUGGGAAAGAUAUAGCCGCGGCAUUGACCGAAAAAUUUGGUUCCCGAACCCUCAGCACAUCGGAAACUACGCAGUCCAUUAAUGAGAAGAUCGAGAAUGCCAUAGCAUCUGGUAGCGCUUUUGCAUUGGCAUACUACUGUCGCAAGAUAUGGGGAACCGGGCAGCAAGUUGCCAUGGUAGGACAAGAUAUGUGGGACCUGAAGGAGUAUCCCAAAGCAUGUCUUCGUGAUCUUCUCAUUGACGGCAACUUGCAAUCCUAUCGUGACAUGCCUGUAGAAGUGGUGAACCUUUUCAGACCCCAACUAGAGUUAUGCAAAUAA